AUGGUCAAGGUAGUUCCUUUGCAUGCGGCGGAUCACGAAGAAUCCCGGUCGGGAGAUCUGGUGCUCCUCCAAGCAAAGGAACCACCUAAAGUUAAGGCCGUUACCUUUGCGCCGGUUGAAGACAGUCUCAAGCAGUUGGAAUCGGCGGAAGGAGGCGACGAAAUUGCGGAGGAAGAAUUGCAAGCCAGGUUUGUCCAACCAUACGUGGACAAUCCACAACAAGCCAUGGUCAAGAAAGGCCUCUUACUAAUGCUCCGGGAUGAAAACAACAAGGCGCUAGAAUUCAUGGUGACACAUAUCGAUACGGAAAAUGAUGCUAGUGAAAGUAAAGCCUCUGAAGUCAUCAUGGGAAGCUCGACACCACGUCUCGAAGUUGGACUAGGCUAUGACUCCGUCGGAGGCCUCGAUUCAGCGAUUCAGCUCAUGCGUGAGCUGAUCGAACUUCCGUUGCGUUUUCCCGAAUUGUGGACGACUGCUGGUGUACCUACGCCGAAGGGAGUUUUGCUGCAUGGCCCUCCUGGGUGUGGGAAAACGCUCAUUGCGAAUGCUUUGGUGGAAGAGACGGGAGCGCAUGUCGUCGUUAUCAACGGCCCGGAAAUUAUGGCACGCAAAGGAGGAGAGAGCGAAGCAAAUCUUCGCCAAGCCUUCGAAGAAGCCAUCGAAAAGGCUCCGUCGAUCAUAUUCAUGGAUGAGCUUGACUCAAUUGCACCGAAGCGAGACCAGGCGCAGGGUGAAACGGAAAAACGCGUCGUGUCACAAUUGCUAACCUUGAUGGACUCGCUGAAACCCAGUUCAAAUGUCAUGGUCAUCGGUGCCACAAACCGCCCCAACGUAAUCGAGUCGGCUCUCCGUCGUCCCGGUCGUUUUGAUCGUGAACUAGAGAUUGUCAUUCCCGAUGAGGAUGGCCGCCAUACCAUUUUGAAGAUUAAGACGAAGGACAUGAAAAUUAGCGCUGACGUUGACCUAUUCCAAAUCGCUCGUGACACACACGGAUACGUGGGUGCGGACUUGCAGCAACUUACAAUGGAAGCUGCUUUGCAAUGUAUUCGUUCCAACAUUGCAAAUAUGGAUGUGGACAGCGAGGAACCUAUUCCUGAAGAGAUUCUCGAUACGUUGGAAGUCACUAACGAUCAUUUUAUUUACGCGCUAAGUGUGUGCGAUCCCAGUACCCUUCGCGACAACAAGGUGGAGAUUCCAAACGUGAAAUGGGAAGAUAUUGGUGGUUUGGAGGAGACCAAACGUGAACUACAAGAAAUGGUUCGGUAUCCGAUCGAGCAUCGGCAUCUUUUUGAGCGCUUCGGAAUGCAAGCCUCUCGUGGGGUUUUAUUUUACGGCCCACCUGGUUGCGGAAAGACGUUGAUGGCCAAGGCUAUCGCUAACGAAUGUGGCGCCAACUUCAUUUCCGUGAAAGGCCCCGAACUUUUGAAUGCUUGGUUUGGAGGAUCCGAAGCCAACGUUCGUAACCUUUUCGACAAGGCCCGUGCCGCCAGUCCGUGCAUUCUUUUCUUUGACGAGAUGGAUUCAAUCGCGCGUGCUCGCGGAGCGGGUGGUAGUGGCGGUUCCGAAACUAGUGAUCGUGUCAUUAACCAAAUCCUCUCCGAAAUCGACGGCAUGGGAUCGGGCAAAACGCUUUUCAUUAUUGGAGCGACGAAUCGUCCCGAUAUUCUGGAUCCCGGUAUCAUGCGUCCUGGGCGAUUGGAUCAACUGAUUCACAUUCCGCUACCGGACCAUGAUUCGCGUGUUUCAAUCUUUAAGGCCAAUCUACGAAAGAGUCCUAUCGACGAAGAGGUCAAUAUGAAACAGCUGGCAGACGCUACUGAAGGGUUUUCGGGAGCUGACAUAACUGAGAUUUGUCAACGAGCCGCCAAGAAUGCUAUUCGAGACAGCAUAACAGCCGCACACUUUGAAGCUUCCAUGAGCAAGGCGCGACGUUCGGUAGGCCCCGAAAUUGUAAAACAGUACGAAGAUUUUACUGCCAAGAUAAAGCAACAAUGGAGUAGCUCCGGUGCCGAAGCCGUACCACUACGACAAAAACAUCUCUUCCCAAAAGAGGUCUAA